AUGAUCAAAGCGGAGGCUUUCCCCCAAACUCCCUCGCCGUGCACGCCUGAAGUUUCUGGGGACCAGAACCUGUGCGCAGCGCCAGGUCCGCUACAAACCGCCAUGGCGGCAUCCUCAGCCCCCGUCCCGCCUCUCGGCCCGCCCGCCGACGUCGAAGCCAACGGAGUGUCUGCCUCUCUGGGCCCCGAUGAUAGUCCAACUGCAAGCGCAGCGCCCAGCACGCCGACCAGCCGAGCCGGCGACUCCAGUCCAAUAUCCUCUCUUCCUCUUCCUUCUGGAACUCUCCCAAACUCUUCGUCUUCCAAUCCGUCUUCAUAUGAACCUGUCGAAGCUGAGGCGGGGCAUAUCUACCAGCCAGGCACCAAGGCUGAAGUUCGAUUGGUGUACCGCAUCAAAAAGGGCCCUGGAGCGGGACGCCAUCAGAAGUCGUUUUCCAUUUCGCGCUAUGGUGUUCAAGGAGCCUGGGAGCAGGCGGAAGCGGCACGCCAGUUCAUUAAUGCGAACGGCACUUUGCCGCCGCACUUUGUGGUGGCGUCUCUGCCUUCCCGAAACAGCCCAAACGCGUCGGGAGGCGGCGGCCAGAAGCACCGGCGCGCGGCCUCCUGUGCGGCUGGGGGCCCAGCAGUUACCCCUACCGGAUCGUCCUCGACUUCCCCCCCCUCCACCGGCUUGCCUUCCAACUCUUCAGCUGCUGGCGUGGCCGUGGCGAAUGCACCCUCUCCGUGCGCGUCCUCGGCGUCAGCCCGGUCGCCCCGGGGGCCGGGACGGCUCCUGGGUAACAUGGCGCGAGCGGCUGGAGCCUCCGCUGCUCGGCUUCCGGAGGCGAGUGGCGACAGGAAGCGCGGCGCGGCCCCCGCUGCAGGAACGCCCGCGUCGCCGAGCGAGGAAGGCCGCGACGAAGCUGGCUGUGCAGGUGCGGCGCAUGCACGAGGUCCACGCGGUCGAGGGGCGUCCACGCGGAGUGUCCCGUUGAGUGGCGCGAACGCAGCGGCAGGACCACGAGGCGCUGCACAGGCGGUAGGGCAACCUGCGAACUUCCCAGCGGUCGGAGCCGCGCCUGGAGGCGUCCCGGCCGGGCCCCAGGCGGGCCCUGGGCGGCCGCGGGUUGUCUCAGGGAACCUGCGUGUCGUCCCUGGAGCGCCCGGCGCUGUUCACGGCGUCAGUCUUUUUCCAGCUGCGAUCGUUUCCGGGGCUCCAGGAGGCGUUGCGGGCGUGAUGGGGACGCCGGGGUGGAACAACGCCGCGGUGCGGGGUCCGGGCGGGAACAUCAUCACGGUCGACGAGCACCAGCGUCUCGCAGCCGUCGCCGGAGCCGGCGGGACGGCUGUGCUCAAUCCCCUCAACCCGCCUCCGGCUCUCUUUGGGCUCUUCCCGGGAUUCGUCGCGCCCCAGGCGUCGGCUGCCACGAACGGGGGGACCAGCGGCGAAGGCGGCAAGGGCGGCGGGUCUGCCAUGCAGGCUUCAGGCGCCGCGUCGGUCGCCCCUGCGCCCGGCGCUGUCCCUGCCUCGGGGGUUCGCCCGCUCGCAGCCGCAGGCCUGCCGGGGACAGCCGUGAACAAUCCGGCGUUGGGGAUUGUCGGUGGCGGUCUUCGAGGCAACUUUUUGUUUUCGUCCGUCCCUGCGUCGCACGCGUCGUUUCUCCCGAGGGGGAGUACCGGGGCGGAGUCCAGCGGCACGGCCCAGCCCCAGCAAGCGAGUGGGGAAGGCAACGCUCAAGCUGGCCCGCAGAAGGAAGGCGAGCAGCGCGCCCUUCCCGAGGGCUGCUUUCGCCUGCUCCUCCCCUUUGGAGCCCUGUCGCGGACGUUUUUCGCCCCCGCGACCGCGGUGGCGGCCGGCGCCGCCGAGGAUGUCUCCACGCCCUCUGCCGCCACUCCCGGCUCGGGGGCGGCGGUGGUGGGUGGACAGCUCCACGCGGUUCCAGGUUUGGGAAAGAGCGUGGUGUUUCAGCCGCAGGCUGUGACGUCGCCGUCUUCGUUUUCCACGACCGCGUCUUCUCCCAGCGUCGGAAAGGGAAAAGGCCACCCGGUGCUCGUCCCCGCGGGCUCCUUCGUGGCGCAGUCGGGCAUGCCGCUGGCUUCCUGCGCGCCGCUCUGUGCGCCUUCGCUGGGGUCCGGCGGAUCGCCGACCUGCAGCAGCGCGAGCGCAGGCGGCGCCAGCACCGUCGACGACGAGACGCAGAGCCGGAACGGCCGCGGGGGGAGCGAGAGUAGCAGCGCGAGCACGAGUUCCUCGCCAGCAAGCAGCCGCGGCGUCGCCGGCGUCGGAGAGCGCGCGGGAGGGCGACCUGAGGAAGAAGGCAUGAAGGCCGAGGGCGGCAUGCAGUUCGAGUGCCAGGCGGGCCCGAGCGCAGGCAAGGAGCUGGCGAUGAAAGAAGAGGCGUGCGGAGGCGUCGCUGGGGAGCACGAAGCGACGGCUGAGGCUGGAUUCGGCGCGGACAUGGAGUGCAGUCUGGAUGGAGGCCUGUACGGCGGCGAGGCUGGUCAGGCGCGCGAAGGCGACAAGAAGACGCGGCGGAGCGAAGACAGAGACACGUUCGCGACUGUGCAGCCUCGGGGACUGUCGGGGUCUGGGCCGGGCCAGGAAGAAGGGUUCUCUCGGCGCGAAGAGGAGGCGCAUCUGGUAAGCAGUGGACGAACCGGCCUCGCGGGCGUCCGAAGGCGCCGGUCGACCUCGUACAGCCGGGGCCGAGCCGGGAAUCCGUCCUGGUUGUUUUCCCUCGUGGACUGCCCCGACAGCGCGUGCGGGGGAGAGGGCGAGGAGGAGGCUGCUGCGGCCUUUGGCGCGAGAGACUUGGGGCCGGCGCGAGACAGAGAGGACGGGAAAGAGGACGAUGACAGCUGUCUGUCUCGAGGCGAGAGCCGCGAGGGGUUCUCCCGGAGCCGCAGCUACCAGUUUUCUCUUUCUUCACUGUCUUCUUCGUCUCUCAACUCGGCCCUGUUCGCGUCGGGGGGCGGUUUGGGCGGCGGAUCCUUCCUGACUUCGCCGCCACCCUCGCCACCAGUCUCGCCGCCUGUGCGGUGCCGUCCAGGCUUCAUCUCCUCGCCGAGCAGCAACCUGGGCCUGGGGAGGGCGUUGAAGAGACGGUGCGUCGACGUCUCGCCUCUUCUUCUGGCUUCGCCCUCGACGCUCUUCUCCUCGGGUCUCGGUUCCGCAGAGAAGAAGCGGUGGUCGGGCGAGGCGCGGGGCGCGGGCGUCUUGGAGGACAUGCAAGGCUCCUCUACCUCUUCCUCUCCACUCGGCGCUCGGCCGUGCUCGCUGUCUCCGCGCCCGCAUGCAGCGGGAGACAAGAGCCACGGGGCGCCGGGCCACGUUCAGUCUUCCCCCUUAUCGGGACGGUCGCGGCCGUACGCGAACUUCCUCGCAUCGCCUCCCCUGGAAACGAAGAAGGCGUCUGCGUCGUCCAUUUGUUUCUCCGCCUUGCCCCCGUCGUUGACAUCGUUGCGGCAAAGCGAGUCUUUGCUCGACGACAAGCCUGGGGCGUCGGGCACGGAGGUGGGUCCAUCUGGUGAUGGCGAGGCUCAGAGUUCCGCCCUAGGUCGCGCAGGCAAGCGAAAGAAGAGAGACAGUCUCACCCGAGGGCGCAGUGGAGAACGCCGAGACGAAGAAUCUGAAGACGAAGACGCGGCUCUGGCCUCCGAGGCGUCCCGCCGGGGUCAAACCGACGACGGACUGCGUUCCGAGGGCCGAGAGCGCGAAGGGGAGCGGUUUUCUCUGCUGCCGCGCCGCCACAACUCUACCGACGAUGGCAAGGACGAGUUUUCCAGCGGCCUGUCGGGUCGAACAAAGAGCGUUCUCGCCUAUCUCUCGUCCCCGCUCACGGACAUCCUGGCAUCCCCGGUCUUCCCCAUCGGCCCGCGGUCAGGAGACAAGUCGAAGCGCCGUCGUGGGCCUUCACAUACGCUCUGUGGAAACGAGGCGAGUCUGGGGGGCCCUCUCGCAGGCGCGGGGUCGUCAGUGAGUGGAUCUCCGGCCUUCUCUCCCUCGCCAGCCUCGUUCCUACCCUUCUCGCCGUUCUCUGUUCCCCCGCGCCCGUCUCCGCCGUGCGGACCUUCGACCUUUCCAGUGCAGCUCGGGUCUCCGUCUUCGCCUCAACGGCGGUCUUCGGGAAGCGGCAGGCGCCUCGUGUUGCUGCCGCAGUCAGCUGUUGGGAGCAGUCCGGGCCCGAUCGAGACGGGGACACCUCAACUCUUCAGCAACUCUCUGCCGCCGGUGUUCUCAGAAAACUUGUCUGUGUCCCCUGCGUGCUUCGCCUUGGCCUCGCCGUCUGUCACUUCUUCCGCGCUUCUCCCCCCCGCCGUGGCCUCGGCCGGCGCCGCGAGGCCCGCACAGCUCGACGAGGCGCAUCCGGCAGCAGGUUCUUUCUCGCUCUCGCAGCCGCUCGCCGCGGCUUCCAGAGCCGAGGCGCGGCCAGCUUCUUCCUCGGGUUCGGAGUCUCAGGAAACAACGCCAGCGUCGUCGGAAGGCUUUCCGCUCUUCCAACCGACGGCAGGCGCGCUCGCUCCCUCGCUUCCCGUCCUCGACCUGGGCGGGGCCUCGGCCGCGCUGCAGGCGGCCGCGAAGGCAGCGGCGGCAGCGGCGGCGGCAUCGGCGGCGAGCGCGGCUGCAGGCACUCGCCACGGGGGCGCGAAGGAGCAAGCCCCGGGCUCCGACGGAGACGUGAACAGCCUGCUCGCGUUUCGCUCGGUAGUCCCAGGCUGGUCCGUGUCGCUGCCUGGGGGCGCAGAAGAGAAGGCGAAGGCGCCGGAGGUAGCCGCGGAGCAGGCGCCGGAUCCGAGCCGCGAAAAAGGAACUGGCCUGCCGGCGGCGGAGGAGCCUGGCGAAGAGAACGAAGCAGCCGAUCCCGUGAAGGAGAGCGGCGGCGAGAAGAGCAGGAGUGCGAGCGCUCUUCCUGUCGCUGCGGAAAACGCGGUUUCUCCCGGCCCGAUCCGUGUGGAACAGCAAGUUGCCGAAGAGAGACAGGGAAGGGAACCGAGCUCGGUGUCGAUGGUUGGGGCCCAGGGCUCCCUGGGCGGAACUGACGCGGACUCGAGGACUCUUGCGAAAAAGGAGACUCCUGUAGCGAGCGCCGAGAGUCCGACCGGCGUCUCCGUCGUGCCUUCGGGGUCUCAAGGCCCGCCCCGCAUCUCAGUCGCUGCAGGGGUCGUGGCGUGA